GUUCUAACUGAACCAGCAGGUCAGCGUGUCUCACUUUGAGAGGUGACUCUGACACCCAGCUGGACUCUGGUCCGUCUCCUAACACCGUCACCAAAAGACAACAUGAACCCCACAAAGAGCUGUCUCUCUCAGAUCUUUGGACCUGGGAGUGUGUGAGUCCCUCACAGGUAGACUACGCUGUGAGUCGGCCAUGUGAAGACUCCUUCCAGGACAACCAGAUAAAUUAGAUUAUUGGAUUGGCUGCCACAGAUUACAGCUCUUCUACAUCCGCAAUGCUUCAUGAGGAACCCGCAUCUAACUGAUCUUUUUUGGCGGAGUUUACGAAAAUAGAAAGACUGGCAGUCAUGCUGACCAGCUUUAUAGAGGGUCUACUCUGCUGCCUGACUUCAAAGUCCACUAACGUGGUUGUCCCUGUAGAAACCUCAGAACCAGCUGACGGCUUUGAGUUUGUGGAGGUGAAACCGGGCCGUGUCCUGCGGGUUCGACACAUCAUCCCUGACAGACCGGUGGUGGAGGAGCCCACCGGACCGGGAGGGAGCGUCAGCUGCAAACGAAAGAUCACAGUGUAUCGUAAUGGACAGCUUUUCAUUGAGAACUUAGGUGACAGAUCAAGCGGGGAGUUGAAAAACUACCAGAAUGGAGACACAGAACCAAACAGCACCGUGGAGGUUGAACUGACAGACUGUGUUAACUCAGCAUCUCCUGUCAACAUGCCCGAGCCUAUGUCUGAGUCUGCCUCAGCUGCAAAAGACGGGACAUCUGAAGCAGGAGCAGGAGGAGAUGCUCCUGCUGCUGCUGCACAGACCGAGCAGUCGCAGCAGCCCAGGAGGCGCAGGAGGAAACCAAAGCGCACGGUGGUGAUUGACUGUGAGAGAAAGAUCUCAGCCUGCAGAGGGACACAUGCAGACGUGGCUCUUUUCUUCAUUCAUGGAGUAGGGGGCUCACUGGACAUCUGGGGAAGCCAGUUGGACUUCUUUUCCAGGCUGGGUUAUGAGGUGAUCGCCCCAGACCUGGCAGGACAUGGAGCCAGCUCAGCACCACAGAUAGCUGCUGCAUACACUUUCUAUGCCCUGGCAGAGGACAUGAGACUUGUUUUUAAGAGAUAUGCACGCAAAAGGAAUAUUCUCAUAGGACAUUCAUACGGUGUGUCGUUCUGUACCUUCCUGGCCCAUGAGUAUCCGGAGCAGAUUCACAAGAUGGUGAUGAUAAACGGAGGUGGCCCCACUGCUCUGGAGCCCAGCCUCUGCUCCAUUUUCAACCUGCCCACCUGUGUGCUUCACUGCCUGUCCCCUUUGCUAGCCUGGAGCUUUCUCAAGGCUGGCUUUGCUCGGCAGGGUGCCAAGGAGAAGCAGCUGCUGAAAGACAACAAUGCCUUUAACGUGUCGUCCUUUGUGCUGCGUGCUAUGAUGAGCGGGCAGUACUGGCCUGAAGGGGACGAGGUAUACCACGCUGAACUCACAGUGCCCAUCCUGCUGAUUCAUGGCAUGCACGACAAGUUUGUCCCUAUUGAUGAGGACCAGCGCAUGGCAGAGAUCCUCCUGAUGGCCUUCCUGAAGGUCCUGGAAGACGGGAGUCACAUGAUCAUGAUGGAGUGUCCGGAUCCUGUCAACACCCUCCUCCAUGAGUUCUUCCUCUGGGAGCCGGCCGCCCUUCCUCUACCAAAGAAAGAGUCCAAAACACGCCCGGAGACCGCCAAAACCCAAAACGACAACGUAAAGGCUCCAACCGACCCCGCCAAGGUCCGACCUGCCACUGCUAAGCAAGCUUCCCCGAACUGCAUCAAAGAGGAGAAGUCUGGCAGCUAGGGCGAGAAACGAGUGAGGAUUACAACUGAAGAUCACAGCGGUUGUGACCCUGUUACAGGACGGGCAGGUCACUCAGAGGGUCCUGACAAUCUGAGCUGGUUUCAGCCUGAGAUGUUUCAGCUAACAAAGGCAUACGCAACGUUUUUUAAGUUUGCUGUGCUGAAGGACAGAGGAAGAGGAGUUCAGUUAUUGGGUACUGGAGGUCCAAUCUUUGGUGUACAGUUCCCUCUUCCUGUCCGGACUGAAAGCUGUGCCUUCUCAUGGAGGCUGUUUCACAUAGUUACAUUCAGCCGUCUUUGCAGAAUAAACAUUUAUCUCUCUGCAAAGUGAUAUAUUUGACUUCUGUGGACAAGAAUCUGCCACACUGAUGACUAUUUAAGACACUUGAUUGAUUUCUGCUUCUCAAACAUGGAGAAGAAAAGCAAACAAAGCUCCUGUUUGACAACCUGCUAUGCAAAGAAGCACCAGAGAACUGUUUUAAAGCAGGCAGAGUCAGUAACUGUGGCACGCUGAGCGAGCUGUGAAAUGUCUGCAUGUGUGUGUGUGUUUGUACAGGGGGAUGUUUGUAGCAGUUUCUCCAUUGCACAUAGUGAUAAAUGAAAUUGGUAGUGUUCAAUGUCAUGCAAUGCCUAUAUUUGACACUUCAAAGAAGUGACAGGACUUUCUUUUUUUUUGCAACAAGUGGAAAAAAAAACAGAAGUAGCCCCUCCUAUGACUGUAAGUCUGAUAUACUUAACUCACUUCGAGAGACAGAAGUGAAAGUACAUUUGCUGCUUCCUAGAAUUCAGUAAAUAUGUAUGAAGUCAAGUGAGACCUGCUCACUCUAACAGAAGAAUAGGCUCAUCAAUGAACCAAAAUCUUACAUGGGAUGAAGUGGCCAAUGAUUUUGCAUAAAGCAUUUGUAUUAAACCACAUGUUGAGUCUGCCAAGAAAUGCAAAAAAACGCUCUUUAGUUUCUUUUUUUUUACCACACAAAUAAUGCAAAUUUUAAUAAGCAUCCAGAGUAGUCAUGUGCUGCACGGUGCUGUAGCAUCUUUAUGACUGAAACCCCCACUAUGAUAAUACAUGAGUGGAAGUCACUGCAAUGCUGUUUUAGUUUAUGCAGUGUUUGAAAGCACAAGUUCUGAUAGUUGCUCUAUUUCCUGAAAAUAAUGCAAUACACACUACUCACAGAAUUUGAAAACUUCAUGCUACAGCGAUAUGUCGUGAAAGUAGAAGCAUGCAAUGAUAAUUCCUUAAUCUCAAAUUGUUUAUUGAAGCAAAAGCUAAUAACAGUGGUGGGUAUACCACAACAAAAAUGUCUCAAUAAUUCGUCAUGUGACCCUGAGCUUCGAUUACAGCUUGACAUCGACGUCUCAUGCUGCCCUCAGGUCAUUCAGGUUCCGGGGUUUGGGGUUAAGACCCUCUACAGGACUACUCAGUGCUGUCAUUGAUCGAUUAUUAGGAGUCGUCUUGGUCUCAUGAUGUCAGAAUGUGAACAGCGUGAUGAAGAGGACUGUUUGAAUACACACCAGAGCAUUCAGAGGUCGAUUUAUUGAUCAGACACUUGUUGUGAUUUUUGCGGUAAAUCAUACGGUGGCUGGGAAGUGCAAUGCAAAGUUUGAGACAAAUUUACAUUUUGGGAAACCGAAUUACAAAAACAGAAACACUUUUACAAGA